AUGGAAAAAAAGAUAGACGAAAAGAAAGUAAAAUCACAACUACGACUUGUUGUCCCAUGGAAACGACAACUUGGAUCGAAAGGGGAUCAAACAAAAAUGAAUUGUUUAAAUAAAGUUGGGAAUUGUAAAGAUGGAAUUUCAAACAAGAAAGUAUUAAGGAUUGGAAUGAGACCAUUAAAGGUUAUUCCAUUAAAGUCUUUGAGUCCUAUUGAAAGAAAAAAGAAAGCAGCAAAGAAGAGAAAAGUUAAACUUCAAAUGGCCCAAGGUAAUAACAAUGGAAAUCAUUUUAAUAAUGAAAAUAAAACUUUACUUCCAAAAUUACAAGAUUCAAAUAAAGUUGAUAGUCAAAUAGAACAUCCUGUAGCUUUAAAACCAAUCAAUAAUAAUAAUACAAUUCUUCCAUCCCUUUCUUUAAAAACUGAAUGCUUAAAAGAAGAAAAACAAGAUAUUCCAAUUGAACUACCACAACUAAAAGAAGUAAAUAAAACCAAAGAAAUGGCUGAAUCAGAAAAAAGUAAUACAAAGAAUAAAUUAAACCAAUGUUUUGUUAAUAAAAGUCAUUUAAUAGAAUUGCCGUUACAACAUUUACCACCACCAGUUGUCAAAAUAAAGAAAGAGUUAUUUGAACUAAAAGAAAUUAAAAAAGAUAUAUUAAAAAAGAAAGAAGGAAUUUCUUUAAAGAAGAAAAAAGAGAAAAAGUUAGUUACUCCUAAGAAAAGAGGGAGAAAACCAAAACCAAAGUAUAGUCUUUCUAAUGAAAAGAAAGAUCGUGUUAAGCAAACAAUGUCGUUUAUUCUUAAAUCAAUAAACAGAGAAAAUAAAAAAAGAAUUAAUAAAAAUAAUGAAGAAAAAAAACCAAAAAAAGAAGAAGAAAAAACACUUAAGAAGAAAGGUAAGUUUAAUAAUAUUAUUGGAAUAGAGAAAGUUAAAGAAAUAGUUAAAGAAUGUACUUUGUAA